CGACGCGGUGGUUGGCUUGGCAACGACGGUAGCUAGUUGGCGACUUCUCCUAGACUCCCAAUGAAAACAGAUUGCUGCGGUUUAUUGUCGGAACUAGUGUUGUUUCCCUCCACCGAACAACUUUGCCGAGUGAGUCACUGAAGAUGAUCGAUUCUUCUCUCAGUUCUUUAGGUGCAAAAGUUGUCGUCGCUGCGUCCAGCGAUGAGAAUCACCCACCGGAAAACAUCAUUGACGGUAACGCCAAAACGUUUUGGAUGUCCACCGGGAUGUUUCCUCAAGAGUUUAUCAUCCGCUUUGCUGAACCCACGAAGAUUUCUGCUGUGACAGUAGACAGCUACAACGUCAAGCAUGUAAAGAUAGAAAAGAAUACUUCACAACAUGCUUCGCAAUUUGAGUCCGUUACAGAGAAAGAAUUUGAACAUACAGAGGGACAUCUUCAGUCAAACGCAAUUUCACUAAAUGGAAGCAGUGCAACCCACCUUCGUUUUAUCAUCACCUCAGGAUAUGAUCACUUUGUCGCAGUGCACACAGUCAGUGUACAAAACUGACAGGCUGUUGUUGCAAAUUAAAAUCUUGUUUUUUAUUUCUGUA